AUGUUUCUCCAUUUUGGAAUAUUACUUCUUCUGUCCCAUGGACUCCUUGGCGAAGUGGAAGUUUCGGAAGCUAUAGAUGGAGACAGCCGAAUAAUAGGUGGCAUAGAUGCCCCUCCAGGGAUCGCUAAGUACCAAGUUUCAAUUCGUAUUCAUGUAGGAGAGAAAGAAGGGCACAUUUGCGGAGGGUCUAUUUUAAACGAAGAGUAUGUGUUAACAGCCGCUCAUUGCAUUCAUCGGAAACGAGCUGAGCAGUUGUCUAUAGUAGUUGGCAGUCAAGAAUUCAAUAAAGGCGACCAACGUUACAAGAUUAAGAAAUUGGUGCUUCAUGAGAAGUAUUAUAGACGGUAUCUAAAGAAUGACAUAGCCAUCAUACAGAUCGAAGGCAAAAUCAAAUACAACGAUAUGGUUCAACCAAUUGAGUUGUUAAAAGAAAUGGCACCUAUUGGAAAGAAAUGUCUCUUGACUGGCUUUGGAUACACAGACUAUGACAAGUUAACUGUACCAAAAUAUCUUCAAAUGUUAGAGUUUAUAACAAUAAGCAAUGACAACUGCACUGAACAAUUAAAACGCUCGCCUUACCCGAGAUAUGUGCCCGUAGACGAGGGACAACUUUGCGUUCAGCGCCCGAAGAACAAAGGUGCAUGCAAAGGUGAUUCUGGUGGAGCUCUCGUCAUUCAGGACGAUAAGAACAAAACUCUUCAAAUAGGAGUCGUGUCCUGGGGAGUUCCCUGCAACGCCGACUUUCCUGAUGUAUUUGCUUCAGUCCAUGGUUACUACGAUUGGAUACAGAGCAAAAUUAAAUAA